AUGUUCCAGAUGCUUCAAACUGUGGGUCAGUUUAGUGGGAUGCCAAUAGAGGAUCCUCAACUUCACCUUCACUUGUUCAUUGAAGUAAGUAACUCUUUCAAGCUGCCCGGAGUGACAGAGGAUGCAUUGAGACUAAAGUUGUUCCCAUACUCCUUGAGAGAAAGAGCCAGAGCUUGGUUGAACUCUUUGCCAUCUGAUUCUGUGAGUACUUGGCAAGAGUUGGCUGAACGAUUUUUGAUGAAGUAUUUUCCUCCCACUAAAAAUGCCAAGCUCCGCAAUGAGAUUACUUCAUUUCAACAACUUGAUGAAGAAUCCUUAUAUGAGGCAUGGGAGCGGUUUAAGGAGUUGUUACGCAAAUGCCCUCACCAUGGCAUUCCUCAUUGCAUCCAAAUGGAGACAUUCUAUAACGGUCUUAACGCUCAUACUAGGAUGGUGGUUGAUGCUUCAGCGAAUGGGGCUCUUCUUGCUAAGUCCUAUAAUGAGUGGCCCACUUCUAGAUUGUCUACCGGUAGAAAGGUGGCCAGUAUUCAUGAUGUAGAUGCCAUCACUUCUUUGGCGGCCCAAGUGUCUUCUAUUUCUAAUAUGCUCAAGACAAUGAAUAUGGGGAUGAAUCAAUCAAUGGGGCAGCCUAUGGGGACACAAAUGGGGCAAAUGGAGAGCAUUUCUUGUGUGUAUUGUUGUGAGGGUCAUACUUUUGAUAACUGUCCUUCUAAUCCGGCAUCUGUAUGUUAUAUGGGGAACCAAAAUAGGAAUGGUCCUUAUUCUAAUUCCUACAACCCAUCAUGGAGACAACACCCCAAUUUUUCAUGGAGUAAUCAAGGAGUUGGCCCUAGUAAUCCUUCGAUGCCUCCAAGACCAAAUUUUCCACCGAGUUACCCCCCUCAAGCACCACAACAAAGACCACAACAACAAACAAUGCAAUCUAGCUCUCUUGAGAACAUGUUGAAGGAAUAUAUAGUGAAGAAUGAAGCCAUAAUUCAAAGCCAAGCGGCUUCAUUGAGGAACUUAGAAAACCAAGUUGACCAACUAGCUAAUGAGCUUAGAAAUAGACCCCACGGUACACUGUCAAGUGAUACCGAGAAUCCAAGGAGUGUGGGGAAGGAACAUUGUAAAUCUAUCACUUUGAGGAGUGGAAAAGAGUUGGAGAAGGACAAGACCAAGUUUGGGCAUGACGAAUGCUGCAGGGAUGCCACAGCAUUGUCAACCAGCAAGCUCAAUUUCAAAGAAGCCACCUCUAUUUCCUCAAUGUUUUCAGAAGAAAAAGUUGGAUUCUCAAUUCAAGAAGUUUAUAGAUAUGGGAGUUUCACCGUUCCAUGCACCAUUGUGACUCUAGAGCUUGCAGAUAGAUCUCUUGGUUAUCCAAAUGGGAAGAUUGAGGAUGUCUUGGUAAAAGUUGAUAAGUUCAUUUUCCCAGUUGAUUUCAUUGUGUUAGAUUAUGAGGCAGACAGGGAGGUACCAAUCAUUCUAGGGAGGCCUUUUCUAGCUACUGGUAGAACUUUGAUUGAUGUGCAAAAGGGUGAACUUACUAUGAGGGUUCAAGAUGAGCAGGUCGAAGAGUGUUCUGUGGUUUCAGUGGUAGAUUAUUUGGCUUCAAAGGAGUUAGAAAACAAUUUUGAUGAUCCUCUAGAGAGACUCUUGAUGUUUGCUUCACAUGCAGAGGAUGCAGAUGAAUACUUGGCUUGGCUAGAAGCUAGUUCACAAGGAUUGCAUACAUGA